GCAGCGCCGAGUCGAGUCAGAGACAGGGACAGAUCAGAGUCAGAGAGAGAGACUGAUGAUACUGGAAAUAAGUUAAAACUGGAAUUUCACUCUUUCAACGUAACACUGUUGUAGGACAUCUCGAUGGGUAGCAAGAAGAAGCGCAAGCGUGAACGGCGAUCAAGAUCCAGAUCGUCUUCUAGUGAAGACACCGACUACAGUAGAUCUCGCAGGAGGUCCAGGUCUCGUUCAAGGUCCAGACGUUCAAGGUCUAGAUCCAGAUCCAGACGUUCAAGGUCUAGGUCUAGAUCUAGGUCCCGUUCACGCUAUGAUGACAGAAGGGAAAAGUCUUCAAGAAGGCAUAAGGACAAAAAGAAAUCAAAGGAUAAAGAUAGAUCAAGAAAUCGCAGCAGAUCUCGUGAGCGUAGUUCAAGAAGCCAUAAAUCUUCAAGACGUUACUCCAGCUCCCGAUCAAGAAGUCGCUCAAGAGAUCGGGACUAUUCUAGAUCGAGCAAGAAAAGGUCCAGGAGAAGUCGAUCAAGAAGUAGGUCUAGGCACAGGUCGUCAUCAAGGUCAUAUUCUAGGUCAAGGUCAAGAUCUUGGUCAGGAGAUAGGAGACGCUCAAGAAGUCGCUCAAAGGAGAAACGGAGUAGCCGUGGGUCCAGCCAUUCUAAGAAGGAUGAUCUUUCAAAGGGCUCUGCUGAAAGCAAUGGUGAUGCUUCAACAAGCAUGAACCCAGCAGAGAGCAUUAAAGUUAAGAUGCAGAAGGCUCUUGAAGCUGCAGCUUCUGCUGACGCCAAACUAAGAGGACAAGGUGUUCUUCCACAGGUUGCUAAACCAGAAAACCUAACGCCAGCAGAAGAACUGAAGAGGCAAAAGAUUCUUGACAAGUUGGAGAAGGAUAGCUUUCAUCCAAAGAACUUUUCUUCAUCUGUCAGCGAUGUCAAGACUAAAGAAACUCCACAAGGAAUGACGUUUGAAGCAUCACACGAUAGUGCUAUAUUUGGUUCUUCAUUGGAUGGAACAGAAGUGACGGUAUCCAAGCAAGCUUUUACAAGAGGACCUCGCUACAAAACAAAGACCUUUACUAGCCAAGCGAUAUCAGCAAGUUCUGAAGAAAAGGAAGAAAGGUGGAUUAAAAAACUUCAGGAGAUGAGGAGAGAGCGGCUACAGGCGAAUCCAGCUCGGUAUAAGAAUAUCUUGAACAUUGUAAGGUCCUGAAAUAUUUUUCUUCAAUGAUGGAAGGUCAGGAUAUUAAAAACAUUUUAUUAACAAAAAUAAUAAGAUGCAACAUUCAUGAAGCACUUUCAGCCAAAUACAAAGUUUGUAAGUACUGCGUGCUGUUGCCCUGGAUUUAAGUGCAGUUACAUGUUCCGUUAUUGGACGCUUGAGCAUGCAUACUGUAAUCCCAUGUACUACACAUGGGAGGGGAGCGGCAAAUGUAGAUAAAUACAUCGACAAAGGUUGCAGUUGCUGUGGUUGGAUUUGAAUCCCGGGCCUUGUGGUUAGAAGUCUGGAGACCUGUCCACUGAGCCACAACACCUCGUGUCGUGAACAUUGGCAGGUUGUGCGAACCCAUGAAAGAGUUUUAGAUGUGCAUAUUUAUAACACUGGAACCACCAAAAAUGACUAUCAGAACUGCUCGAGGUCAUUGCGUAGAGGUGACAUCUGAGUAGAGAGAGAGUGGAGCUCAGUCAGAGAAUAGGUCAAAGUUAUCAACUGCUCUUGUCUGCUUUCAAAUGAUAUGAUUAUGAAUCAACAUGCUAUGAGAUGUGCUGCAUCGUUUCAAGGGCACAUCCUACAUGGUAAAUCAGUCGUCACUAGACGGGAGGAUAUAAUGAGCUACUGAAAGGGACAUCAUGACCUGUCAAAGUAAACUCGGCCUACCAUGACAUGAGCUGCAAUGUUUGGGUUAUGUUUUACGGAGUGUAUAUCCAUCAUCAUUAGACGGAAGACUGAAACCGCUGCGGAUUUAGUGAUGUCAAUAUAUAGCUCAUAGAGGGAAAUAUUUAUCUGUGAAUUAUGAUGAUUGCUGCAUGACUCAACUCGCUGUUUGACAAGUCAGACAAUUCAAAACCUAAUGGGCUGGGUUUUUUGUAAGUGAGAUGGUUCUUGACUGUGACGAAGAUCGCUUCU